CCAGGCGAUCCCGCCCGGCUGGGCCGGAGGCGCGGCGCAGCGCGGCCGCUCCGGGAGCACCGCGUGCCCCGCGCCUCACGUGACGCGGCCGGCUGCGGCCCGCCCCCCGCGGCACGGAGCAGAGGAUUAUGGCACAGGCUCAGGGUUUGGGGAGGAGAUACAUUAGAGCCUUUUUUAAAGGUUUCUUUGUUGCCGUUCCUGUAACUGUGACUUUUCUGGAUAGAGUUGCCUGUGUCGCAAGGGUGGAAGGAGCAUCAAUGCAGCCUUCUUUGAAUCCUGGGGGAAGACAAGCAUCUGAUGUAGUACUCUUGAACCACUGGAGCAUUAGAAAUUACGAUGUACAACGAGGGGACAUUGUGUCACUUGUCUGCUUAGUUUCCAGCUGUGUGUCUUGGACUUCUUGAACCAUGCAAGGAUUAAAUAUACUGCUUGAAUAGCAAAAGUGCAUAGAGAGGACCCUGAAUAAAAUUGCAUGCUAUCCUUCUCAUCAAUAGUGAAAGACAUUUCAUCUUCUGUGGAAUUCAUGCUUCAGUCAUAUGUAAGUAACCCUGAUUUUAGUGUAGUGAAGCACACACUCACCCAUGUAGCUUAUUUCUACCUGGGAGAGUCAUUCCUUAUUGAUGUUUCCCAGCAUUAGGUCUGAAAAAUGAGUCGGAGAAAUAAAGGCAUAUAUUCCAAAAUGUUAAUUAAAUUUAGAACUUCAUUAAAUAUUUUUAGCAAUUUACUUGGACUAUUUUUUUUUUGAAUGUGUGUUUUCAUUCUUUAUCCAGACAGUUUUAAAGGAACUAUAUCAAUUCUUGGAUUCAUUAAUCAUUAAUUACUUUGUAAUUUUUGGGCAGUAAGUAUGGUCUCUUAAUUUUUUUCAUAUCUGCUAAAUAAAAAAAAAAAAGACAAGAUAUUAUAGGUGAAAUAGUUCUAGAAUUUGCAUUUAACAGGACUUAUGAAAUGAAUUGAUUCUUGGAACAUUCUGAUUUGCAACCAUAGCUACUAGUUCCGAGUGUGUCUCCCAGUAUUAAUGAACAAAAAUAAUAUGAUGCCAUAAAUACCAAAGGCUCUUGUUUCCUUCAACUAACUAUAUAUGUCUUAAAAAUACAACUUAAAAAAUGAAGAAGUCUGAAUUUCGGAUAAGAAUAGUGAAUGCCUGAGAAAACCUUGGAGUACCUUCUUCCUGGAGCUUGAGAUAAAAACCCAAGCCCUUCAGGUAGGCGAAAUCUGUGAAGCCUAGUGGAUGUGUGUAUUAAAAAUGUCUAUGCUACACUGACAAGUUAAAAGAGCCUUUAAUGGCAUAGAAGUUUUACUUUUAUCUUUAUAGACUGAAGUCUUUCAGUGAUGCAGAACUGGAAAUGAAGUUUCAUGUGAUGUUGAGGUCUUGAGCAUAGAAACCCAGGAGCAUCAGUCAGUAUUUAAUGGCUGUACAUUCUCUCUGCUACCCUUCUGCUUCCAUUUGUUUACUAGAAAGAUUAGAUGCUUUUUAGAGAUUCUUAACUAAGUUAGAAGCCUUUUAGGCUUUUAUCUACUCUGUUUCCUCAGUGAUGGUGCCACUCAGUCUGCUUUUAUGUAGGCUGAAAUCUACAUGGCAACAGCUUUCAGAACCACUCAGUCCAAGCCAGCAGUGCUCGGUGAGGGUGGCAACUCUUGUAAAACAGCCUAAUGCUUUCAGGCCAAAAGAGUUCUUUAAGCUAUGUGAUAUCAUUAUUCUUUCAUUCUCCCACCCCUUUUCCUGCAUUUUCACUAAAUAUAAAUUAUCCACUGUAGGCUCAGCUAUGAGAGGAAAAGGUUACAUUUUUUAAUUUAAAAAAAUGUGAGAAAGAAAAUGGCAUCCUGUUGUCAGAUCUCACAUCUGUGCCUAUUGCAUAUGAUAGUACUGUUUGUUAUGAUAUUCAGUGGUCCUCUGAUCAACAAAUUUAGUUACAGAUAUUCUGUAAAGAGAGCUUGAAAUACCACCAUUAUCUUUUGAAUCUGUGGCAGGCAUUCUAUACCUGCAGGCUGCUUGCUCAUGUGAAAGCGAGCACAUUUUACAUUUAAAAGCACUUCAGCUUUUUGCCUGGAGUGAGUUUCUCUAGCAGCUGGCAAAGUCAGGAAGACCUCAAGGCUUUAGGAAUAAAUAUGUUUGCAAUGUUUUCAUUUUACUAAGUAUGGAAAUUGAUAAACAUAAAAAUUGUCUUCUAAAACUAAAACACCAAAUAUGCCCUGAAAUGAAAACGACCACAGAUUAAAAAUAACUCCUGUCUGAUACGCCAUCUUUAUAAUAUCAUGUAGCAUAUAUAAUGUUUUAAAAAUCUAAUUUAUGCUUAUAAAACAUGGUUGCAAGUCUCCAACUGUUAACUCAGCUUAAUUUCUCUGUUUUUUAAGAGCUGUAUUUAUAAGCAAAAGCACUCUGGCGUGGGUUUAUCCUCUCAUGGAUGCAUGGCCAGCAUUUGUUAGGUUAAGAUUUUAAUCUGGCCUGUUGUGAAGAGGACCAAGAAAAAAUUUAACUGUUCAGUCAGCAGUGAGUGGUGUUUGUGUAGUGAAGUUUGCUACUUUGUUAGGCAGACACAGUAAUCAAAUCAUUGUUUUUUCUUGAUUUGAUUAUGAUUGAUGGAGGAAAUGUCAAAAAAUGUAAUUAAGGAAGAGAAGCUGUUACAUUCUUGAGAACAUGAAGCACAGUGUUAAUGUAGUUAUCUUUUCCAACAAAAGAAUGUGUAUUAUAGAUUCUUUGUCUUUAAAUUUCCAUUAAAUUUUUUGUAGCAUCUUUAUGAAGUUUUUAGAAGAGAUAAGGUCAUCAAUGUAAUUGUGUUGCAUAAAACUUGUAUUUCAUUCAAAUAUUUUUAGUGUGUUGUUUUUGUUUGAAUGCAUUUUCAGUCUUCCUGUCUAUUUUUUUAAUAAUAAAUUGUGGCUUGAUUAAAAGUGUGUAAUGAUUUUAAACUUUCACAAAGACCAUUUUAGAAAUCUGAGCUACAUAGUAAUUCAAUUACUUCUGAUAUUGAUUAGGUGAGUGUGUUUGACUGUUAGAAAGUUGUUUUUCCUCUAAAUUCUACUGAUUUAGGCAGCAAACCCUAGACAGUAGCAGUGGACUCCAGUUAGUGCUGCGACAUGUAAAGAUUCUCAUGUAUUAUGCUUUAUUAAAUUAUAUUUUACUUAUUAACCUUUUUAUCUAGAAAAAAUAUUGGGUUUUAUUUAUAUGAGUCUAAAUCAUAUUCCUUCCUGUCUUCUUGGAUUUGAAAUGGGACUGCCUCUUUGAGACAACCUUCUUCUUUCUUUAGGUUCAUAUAGCUUAUAAAAAAUAAUUUCUAAAUAUUCCACUAUCUUCAAAAAUAUAUUACAGCUAGUGGUCUGAAGUACAUUAUGCAGUGGCUGUGCUAACAUGACUGUGCUAUCUCAGCAACAGAGCACAUUUAGAACUGUUUUAGGCACUGUCAGAAGAAAAUUACUUGCAGAAAAUAAAUGUUACAGGUUUCGUUUAUCCGUAUUAAAUAUGUACCAAAAAAGUAGACUGUGUAUCUACAGAAAGGAGUUAAUUACUUAUUCAUUGCUAUUGUUUUCAACAAUUCAUAGAUUUCUCAGGCUAUUCAUGUUCUGAUUAAAUGGACUGCCUCAGUAUAACUUCAAACUUCUGUUCAUGAAUUCAUGUUUAUGAAUUUUUGUUUUGUUUUUGUUUGUCUGGUUUUCUUAAUUCAGGAAAAGUAGAGACAAGAAUAUUAAUGAAACAAGAAAGUGUCUCUGUGAACUUAAAAAAAUUGUCAAGAAAAUAGCCAAAUUGAUUGUUUAAUAUAAUUUAGUCAGUUAAAAAUAUGAAUUAACAAAACAUUGGAGGUCAGGUUUAAGAAGAUAUUUCUGUGCCUAAAUGCAUGAAUAGGAAAGCAACAUCUGGUUCAGUUCUACACAGGCACCUGUCUUUUGUUUGCAUAUGAACUUUUUUCUGGUUCCACUUUGUCCAGGGAUGACCUACUCCACGUCUAGGCUUAAGAGCAAAGCCUUCAUCAUUCCUGUAAGACAUGAAUUAAUGCAAGCAUGUUCCUGUGUCUGCUGUCAGGGAGAAGCAAGAGUGGAGCAGAUUUUUGAGGGGGACAAGCUGAGAGCACCCCGUGCCCUCACUGAGAGGUUUGAACGUGGGGCAGAGCCAAGAUCAGGUAUCGUGGUCUGUUAACAGCACCAACACAGCAAGUGAUGAGCCAGGGCCAGAGUCCAUCAGAGUCCUGUCAGCAGCAAAAGCAAGCCAGGCUGCAGUGGGAGUGUCCACAGCCUGUGCUUUGGGAGGGCUUGGGACAUGUGUCCCCUGCAUGGCUGGGGCAGGGACUGCAGUAAAACGAGCCUGGGACUGAGUAAGGGGAAAACUUGGGAAGUCAGGCAGGGAAACAGAGACUGUUGUGUGGCCUCAGUGCCCAGAUAUUUGUCUACAAAAAAAAGGCAAUUCACCACUAACAGUCUGAUUGUUGUAUUUUUUAAGUGUACAUUUAGAGCCAAAUGGCAUCUUGCUUUUUUAUCUCAACAUGUAAAUUAGGUUUCUUAACAAAAUUCCCAUGAAACUAGCAAAUGUGAGAUACCAGUUUUUGCCCUUCAGUGUAAAAUUUUGCUAGUCAUUCUGAGGCAUAUAUACAGAAUUUAGUAGUAUCUAGUACCUAAUCUUUGUCUUUUGAACACAAAUUAUAAUGCCAAGUUUUUAAAAGCAGUUGAAAACAGGUUGUUAUUCCCAGCAGGCUUUUUUUAAGCACUCAGGAUUUUGGAAAAGGGGGGUUCUUUAAUGAGCCCUUCUGGCAUCUUUGUUUAUGUACAUAGAUUAGAUGGAUUUAGAAAUUUGCUUGAGUAGAAUCAGAGAGAGAUCAUGAGCUAUUCUGCUGAUCUUGUUUCCAAAAUAGCCCAAAUAACACACAGAAAUUGUAAAAGUAGAAGCGUAUGUUUCCAUCUUACUUGUUCAAGUCAAAACAGAUAUACACCAGAGAUUUUAAAUAAUGCUGAUAGCUUUGUCUGAUAACAUUUUUGUUCAGGAGUUGACAAGACAACUAGAUAAAUUCUAAACCUUCUUUCAAGACUAUAGUAAUGUUAUUACAAUCAAUUUCUUUGCUUCAAAUUUUUUGCACUUCUGGAGAAGUAAAUGUAUAUGGAGAAUUGUGUUAAGGCUGAAAAAACUGUGCAAGGACCAUUAAAUUUGGAAAUACAGAAGAUUAUCUAGGGCUUAAUUGGAAAAAUGUCACUAUUUUCCUUUCACCUGAUAGUGAAGAGAAAUCUGGCAUUAGUGUUGCUGCUUAGAUCUCUGUAUCUUUGGCAGUGGUGAUCUUUCAGCUUGUGCAUUUCCAUUUCUUAUACCAAAAUCCAUUUUUCAUUUUCUUGUACAUGAAACAUAAAGGUUGGGGAUUAUUUAUGUAGUUGUGUUACCAUAAAAGUGAAAUUUUACUGCUAAUGAAAGAAUAAGUACAUAGUAGCUCAGGAACUGAUUGAUAUCACGAGUGUUCUGCUUUCUCAAUGACUUUUUAUCACUAUUAUUCAUUCCAAUAAUAUAUAUUUUAAAACAAUCCCUGUGCCUAUAAAAUUCACAGAGGAAAUGUUUUUAUUUCGCUCUGCUUCACUUUCUUUGCAUUGUGCAAGUGCAUUGGUGCACUUCUUCAGCUCAGAAGUGCACCAAUGUCAAACUACUAACUAAAGAGACCCAAACGUGUUCAUCCCCAAGCUAUGCAUUUUUCUUGUGGAUCUUCAUUCAUUUUGCAAUUUCAUUGUGCUGAUUUCACUGCUGUGUUUCCAGCCUGUAAAAACAAUGAUAUGAAAACGUUCUUGUUUUUGGGGUCGUGUUUAUUUCGUAGAAUCAUAGAUUCAUAGAAUGGUUUGGGUUGGAAGGGUCUUUAAAGAUCAUCAAGUUCCAACUGCCCCACCAUAGGCAGGGAACUUUCCACUUCCAUUUAUUUCUGAACUUAUUAACUGGAGCAGCAGGUCUUCCACAGGGUAAUGCAGUGCGGUCACAUCAGCAGGACUGUGCAGUUUGCUAUUCUCAGCUAGAGUUCUGUGAUUGAAUUAAUGUAAAGAUCACACUGAAGGGCUUAUAUGCUCAUUUUCAAGAUAAUGCUACAUUACAGAAAAGAUACAAUACUUUAGUCAAAGACAAGGAACCUUCCUGAAUCAGAUAAUAUGAUAGCUGGGUAGUUUUGUGUGAAUAGUCUAGUUUUUCUUAUAGUUGUUACAACAAAGAAAGGGAAAAAAUACUGCUUCCUUAAGUUAAAGUUCUCUUUUAUGUAUAUGUGCUCUUUGAAUUUGUAAGAUAAAGGUUUGUCCCAUGGUAAUUGUAGAUCUCUAACAUGGCUAUGACCGUUAUUUCUAAACAUGGGAUAAGAUAGCAUUAAAACAUUAAAUAAGUGGAGAAUUUACCCUUCUAGUAUAUGGAAAAGUACUAUCCUUGUCAAUGCCUUUGAUUUGGAAAUACCCAUUAUUGAAAAGGUGUAGUAUGAAUGACUGCCUUCUCAGAGAAAAGAAAGAAUAUCAGUAGCAAUGGUUGCAGUUUGCAAGACUAGUUUCUACUCUAAUGAUGUGAAGGUUUACAGUGUAGUGACCUAUAAAACUGGCUCCCAUCCAAACCUCCUGUUUCAUAGUUGCUACUGGACUGUUUGCCUAGCAACAUACUUAAUGGACCCGUAGGGAAUUUAGACUUACAGCUAAAUGAGUGUAGAAUGCUGAAGAGAAAGACCAAUAGUUUAGGUAUAGGAAAAAGGAAGAGAAGAAAGCAUUUUGUCUGACAAAAUCCUGAAACUGAGUAAUUUUGUACAGAAACAUCUCCUUUCUCUUGCUUUCUAGAUAUAUAUUAAAAAGUUUUUACUAUAAGGGUAGGAAGGUAAGCAUCUCUUAAUUUUAUUAUCCUAAAGUCUUUAUUUUAUUUUUCUUAUAUUUUAUUUUUUAUCCCCCCUUAUCCUCUGAAAUUUAAUGAAGUCUUGGAUGAAAAGAACAUUUGAAAGUAAAAUGAGUGAGACAAAAAAGAUUAAUAAAGCCUGGCAGAAAUAAGCAAGGAUAUUUCUGUUGAUAAUGGAUGUCCUUGAUUCUGUUUGUCAGUCUUUCAAGAAAACUGCUAUCUAAUAAAGGUUUUCUAGGAGCCUGACCACUAUAUUAAAAAGGAAGAAAAAUGUCUUUAAAUGUUUUAUGUGGUGUCUUAGGUGAUGUCUUAAGAUACAAAUCAAAAUGAAAAGCAAUUAUUUAUAUGGGGAGGUAGUACUUUUAGACAGUUGAAAUCUAAAUUAAGUUUUAGUUAAUCUUUUUUCUAAAUCUCCCUCUUAGAUACAAAUCUCACUUUGUUUUUCAAAAGGCAUGAUCUCUAAUUUUUUUUAAACUUAUUACAUGAGAGGUUUUGCAGAGUUUCAAGUGACAGAUAGUGGCAGAUGUUGUUUGGAGGUCAUUUGCAUUGUUGUUUUUUUAUAACUUACAUUAUUCAGUAAAACUAAAAAUACAACACCUAUUUUAUUGUGACCCUUUGACAUGGCGUUAGAACAUUGAAACAAAAGGUUCUCCAUAUUUUAUUUUUAAUUAAAAAACACUGUACUGUUUGAACUAUAUGCUGUAGUUCAAUAGUAAUUUGAGCUCAGGGACUGAAGCUGUGUGAUUUGUAGGAUGUGAGACUAGAUUAUGGCAGUAACUUAGUCUCACUUUGCAAAUCUAUUAGUACUGUUGCAAGAUAAUCAUCAAGCUCAUUCCAUGCAGAAACAACUCAGACACAGAGCGAUAUUAUUUUACAUGCAGUGCUGAAAAAACAUGUAUGUAGUACUUCAAAGUUUUGCUUGGAUCUGAAAAUGUAAUGCUUUCAUUAGGCAUGGAGGCAAAAGGUAAAAAUGCCUACCCUUCUUGUAUCUUAGUGUCCUCUCUACAGGUUCUAUUCACUGCCGUUUUUAAUACCUAGAUUUUCUUAUGUGGAAGCUGGAAUGAAUAAGUGGGGAAUUUGAGCAGAUUAUCCAGAUUAGAUUAUAGAUUAUCCAAUUUUUCUUUUUUUUUUAAUGGAUAGUUGAGAACUGACUAUGAUUGAGAAAAGUUUGUUCCUCAAGAGUUAUUCCCAGCACUUUUGGAUCCUGGGUAUCAUAAAUGUGAAAUUUAUCCCUUAGAUUUGGCUUGUUUUAUUUGUCCCCCUGCACCCUCUCACCAAAAGUUUGCCAUGUUUGUUUCUAUUGAUUUGUCUUUACAUGAAGCUAAAGUGGAGCUCAUAAACACUCUCUUGGUUUCAGUAUUUUAAUUACUAUUAUCUGAGAAGGGUUACCUAAUUUAGUAUCAAGAAUAUACCUACUGUUGAAUCUAUUUAGCUAAAAUGUCUUUCUAGACAGAAAACAUUCCCUGAAAUAGUAGAAUCAUUAACCUAGCACUGACAAGUUCAUCACUAAACCAUGACUCUAAGUGCAACAUCCACGUGUUUUAUGUGUUUUAUGCAUACCCUCAGGGAUGCUGACUCAACCACCAUUCUGGUUUCCAAUGCUUGACAAUCCUUUCAGUAAAAAAAAUUUUUUCCCAGUACCCAAUUUAAACCUUUCCUGGUGCUACUUGAGACCACUUCUUCUUUUCCUAUCACUUGUUGUUUGGUAGAAGAAACCAACACCCACAUUGCUGCAACCUCCUCUCAGAGCUGUAAAGUCUGUUCUGAGCCUCCUUUUUUGCGUGCUAAACAACUCUCAGCUGUUCUCAUAAGACUUGAGCUCCAGACCAUUCACCACUUUUACUGCCCUUCUCUGGACACGCUCCAGCACCUCAAUGUCCUUCUUGCACUGAGGGGCCCAGAACUGGACACUGCACUGGAGUGUGGCCUCACCAGUGCUGAGUACAGGGGGACAAUCCCUGCCCUGCUCCUGCUGGCCACACUACUCCUGAUCCAGGCUAGGUGCCAUUGGCCUCCUUGGCCCCCUGGGCACAGCUGGCUCAUGUCCAGCUGCUGGCUCGUGCUGGCUGUCAAACAGCCCUCCCAGAUCCUUUUCCAUUGGGCAGCAAUCCAGCCAUCUGCCCCCAGCCUGUAGCACUGCCUGGCGUUGUUGUGACCCAAGGGCAGGACCCGGCAUUUGGCCUUGUUGAACCUCAUGCUAUUGGCCUUGGUCCAUCGAUCCAGCCUGUCCAGAUCCUCUGCAGGGCCUUCCUUCCAGCAGAUCAAUGCUCCCACCCAGCUUGGUGCUAUCUGCAAACUCACUGAGGGUGCACUUGAUCACCUUGUCCAGAUCAUUGAUAAAGGUGGUGUUGAGAGAUUCAUUAUUACAAUACCUACGUUAAUUUUCAGCAUUUGAUGACCUAAAUAAAUAAAUAAAUAUUUCCUCUGCUCUUUUGAAAAGUUUGUCAAUGCUUUCUGAUAUUUUUAUAUUGUCAGCAUCACAGAGAAAAAUCCUUUUUUGUUUUCUAUAAACAUUCGCAACUAGCAAUAUACUUUGGAAAAAUGUACACUGAAUUCUGAAUUUUCUGAUAUUUGCAAACAGAAAGAGGUUUCAUAUCCAUGUGCAGAAAAAUGUGUUAGUGUGACUGACAGUUUAGUGUGUCUCUAAUUGUUUUCCUCAGAACAAUGUAUGUUAAAGAAUCAAUUUGUAGGCUGGUACAAUACAGAAAAGUGCCAUGAUUGAUGGUCCAAGGUAGUCUGAAUAAUUUUUUAAAAAUUAUUAAUUUAUUGUGUUACAUGUCCUUGAAAUCUUUAUGUCCAUUUUUAGAGUUGUUCUCGGGAAGGCCAAGAGAAGCCUGGUCAAGCUAUGAAGUUAAUUAGAGCAGGAUGAUUCCACAAGUAUCUACAAAUCAAAAUUAUCCUGUGAUUAAUUUCCAGUAAGUUUAUAUUAAAAAAAAAAAUAUGGAUUUUGUUUCUCUAAGGCAACAUCCAUUUUAGUGAUUGAAUUUAUUUGUAUUUAGGUUAAUUUACCCGUACAUAAUUCCAUAAGAAAAAUAGGUCAUUCAUGAAAAAUUUGCAGGAAAUUAAGCUAGAAAAUUUCUACAAGAGUUGGAAUUUAGUAGCAUGCAGAAAGGUUUUUUGCAUAUUUUGGCUCAACCAAAAUGAGACAGAUGUAAACUGGGAUCACCUUUUGCUUCUGUUGUUGGUCGGUCUGCUUAGUAAUAAAAUACUUCAUGGAAACAGAUUGUUUUCUCACAAGAAUUUCACAUGUGAUUUAUUUCGUUCAUCAGAUGCCUUUUCUCAUUUAGCUGUUCUAUAAAAUACAAGAGAUAUAUAAAUAAAUUACCGUUCUAAAAUUUAUUGCUCUAAUCAUGACACUGGUGUAUGACAAUACAUCAUCUUAUUUUGUAUUAUAAAUUGCUGUGCCCAGGAGCUACAGAAUAGAACCAUAGUGAUGGCUUUAGUUUAUGAUCUCAGCACUAAUUUCAUGUUACUGUUGCAGAAUAGUUUUUGUCAUAAUUUCUUGUUUCUUUUUCAUAAACUUUUCUUCUUUUGAUAUUCUAAAUCUACUUUCUUGUUAAAAGGACCAAACAGGUUCUUUGAAUAACUGCAGUAGUCGUUGGGACAGAAAAACAAGAUUUGGCCUUUUGCCAGAUGCAGCUAGGAGGCCAGCACAAAUUGUACGAGUACAAACAUUUCAAAUAUUUAAAAUUAUGACAUUUUGAAGAUUAUGAGAACAGUUCAAAUGAAGAAAAAAUAAUUAAUGCAAAUUUUAUUAUCACAGAAGAGUCAGAGAAGAUCUAAAUUUUUACAUUAUUUAAGAAAAAACCCAUACUCAUUGCUAGAGUAAGAUUUUUCUCAAGACGAAGUGACACCUUAAUUAUUCCUAAGGAAAUGUGACAGGCUCCAUUAAAAUUGCCUUAUUGCUGUUGGUUUUGUACAGAUGUUACACAUAUACUGGGAUAGUAAUUCUAAGAUUAGACUGAAGAUUUCAGAUAAAUGAAUGAAUAAGUUUGAGAGAUCUUUUACUUAGCAUUGAAAUUCAGUAUGUAAAUUAAUGACUUAUUAUAAUGUCAGUUUGGGCUGUAUAGGAAUGACACUAUUGAAGAAGAGAAAACAUUUAUAUGUAAUAUAAAAUUAUUUUAAUGAGAAGGUGUUGUGGAAGAUGGAAGAACUCCAGAAAAACAGCCAAGCUGAAUAAGCAGACUAAUGGAAUGUAAAAAUUAAUUAGUAACAGAUGAAUAAAGAAGUAGUAAGCUGAGUUACUCUAUGACUUCCUAACUGAAUUAGUUAAAUUUAUUAUUGCCAUAUAGUCAGGUAGAAUGAUGAAUACAGAGAGAGAUUUUCUUGAGAAGAGAGAUUAAAAAACUGCAACUAUUUCAUUUGGUCAGUAGAUGAAUAAAAAUGUGCUCUGGAGAAGUGUUAAAAAUAAUGAUGGUUACACAGAAGGUAAUGGAAUUGUGCUGCUUGUUACUUCUGGAAACACAAGAGGAAAUAUAACUUUGAGAAAUUCAAAAGCCACAAAAUUCUAAACUCCAUAAUUAAUUAAUUAAUUUGUCUUUUCACAUGUGUUCUUGACUUCUGGAAUACAGGGCAUCACUGAUACUGAGGAGAAUUACUCAAAUAUAAAGUACUAUCUUUAUUUGGUUAUUCUACCUGCCUUCUGUUCCAGGACAAAUUCUGUCAAGUGCAGAUAUACUGGCAACUGGAAAUAAGUGGCAUUUAGCAGACAUGUUGUGCCUGUGUGGCUCCCUGGUCAAUUUGAAGCUGUAUCUGAGUCUGUGUGUGCUUAACCAUACACAGGAGUAAUUGAUAAAAAUACAUUUAAUACAGCAUAAAUGCCAUUCCUUAGAGGAAAGCAAGAGCAAAUAAAAUGUGUAUUAGGUGGUAAAUAUGGGGGUGUUUAGCAUGUGCUGUUUAUUAAUAUAACUACUUAACAAUAGCUUUUGCUUUUAAAAAGUGAUUUAAAAUAAAAUAUUUUGAUCUGAUUGGAUAGAAAUUAGAAUAAUUUUCCUUGUACAAAAGGUAGUAAUUUGAUUUAAUGGUAAGAGUAGUGUUUAUGUAGUCAUUCUGCACUAAAGUAGUAAUUUUGUGAAUGUAAAUAAAUUAAACACAUGCUAAAGAUGCAGAGGGAUAAUUAAGACCCAUUCCAAAGAUGAAAACCAAGUAUUGCCAUCUUUUUAUGUCAUUUUGAUAAUAGUGGACACCAGGGGUUUUGAAGUUUUCCUAAACCUCUGUUGUCUUAUGUAGCAUGUCACUUUAUCAGAAUAAGAGAGAAAAGAUUGAGGGAGAUUUAUAAAACACUGCUGGGCUUGAGUCUCAUUCUUUUUAAAGUAAUAUCUUCCUCUGGAUUAGUUAAUUUUAAUUCAUAGUCUGAAAAAGUUUCAUGAAAUUUCUAGUUCAUUUUUUAAUAUGUCUGUGUUGCUUAGCUUGCAUAUUGAUAGCUAAACUGAUACCACUGAAUUCAUACCUUUGUGGAGUUAAAUUUCAGUGAAAUAAUUUCCAAAGGGUAAUUCCAUUUUUGUAGCAUCCUUGUAGGUGGUCUAGAGUGUAAAGCUUUUUGAGGCAUCAAUUUUAGGCUAGUAAUUAAAGCAGUUAUUACUGUAAGCCGUGUUACUAACCUUUUCACACUCUGUAAUCUAAAAAAAAUAUCAAUUCUUCAAUGUAAUUAAAGUUAUUUGAUUUCUAAUAUGGCCAUUUUUACCUUUUCUGCUCUUUGUCUCUUGCUUGUAGAAAAAUCUUCUGACAUGCUACGAUAUUAUUUCCUUGGGAAAAAAAAAAAGGUGUUGCAUGGCAGCUUAACUGACUGUAAAUCUAAGAGCUAUUAUUUUUUCAGUGCUAAUAUUGAAUGUAGUGAUCCAUGUGGAAUAAAUACUUGCAUAUUGCCCAAAAUGCUUUUCCAAUCUGAGCAUAGUUCAUAAGACACUUCUAGCCAAAGUACAUCAGUGUUUUUUGGUGAGUGUGAAAUUUACCAUUUCUUGAUUUUUAGGAAUAAGAAAUGUAUUUAGUAAGGUUUUCCAUCAAUAAUGCUGCUUGUGCAUUUAUGUACUCAGAAUCUUUUGAACACUUGACUCUUUCAUGUUGAAUGUAGUGGUGCUUGAUUUCUGCUCUGAAUAGAAGUUGAUGGAGCAAAUGAUGCAGCCACCACAGCACUCCAGUUCUGAGUUUAUAGGCACUUACAUGCCCAAGUGUGUGCUAAAUUUUAGUCUAGUAUCUAGUCUUAAAGUCAGUGGUUGCUAGAUUUAAAAAGUGUGAACAUGUCCUUACAUAUAUUAACCUUAUAAGCAUAAUUUAAAGGUCGAUCUUUGUUGAUUUUGUUGUUUAAAAUGAGGGAAUCAAAACAGUAACUUCUAUUGUUUGUAGUAGUUACUGGUUAUUGUAAGUAACAAUAUGUAUGCUACAGGAAAUAUGCAUCUGUAAUUUUUCAUAUGUAAUAAGUAGGGACGAGUGAAUAGGAAUGACUCAUUCUCCUAUGAAAUGAUCAGGAAUCAAUCCUUUGGCUUUAACUAAAAAGGAAGAAAGACAAGUAUGAGCUAACUAGUAGCUCAUAAAAAUUGAGAGAACUGUUUAGUGUAACAUCUUGAGGCAAUUAAAGAAAUGAAAUAUCUAGUACACAAAAUUUGAAUGAGCAGUAGAAAAUAUGGAUCUCUCUCUCCUGUUUUUAACUAGAUACACUAUAUUGCGUUGCACCCAAGGGAAAAAUAUCCAUCUACUUUAUAAAGCAGUAAUUCAUGCUGAGUGGAUAUGAGCAGUCAUUCAGUGAACAAUUGAUUUUACAGAAACUGGGUUGGAAACUUGGGCAUUCAUUGCACUAUACACAAUUAAGAUUUGUAUAUAAAGUUCACAUUAAAGUGGCUGUUUUAUUAGGAAAAUAUUUUCAAAGUGACACUAGACCAUCUUAACUGGGGAAGAGGUUCUUUUAACAGUAUCUACAAAUCAGUUGAAAUGUGAAAUCAGUGUAAGAGUGAAGUAUAUAGAAAAAUAAUUUUUAAAAAUUACAAAAUAUUUUGACUUCCUGUGUUUACAUAAUUUGUUAAGAACUAUGAAAAAUAUUUAAAAGCUUUGAUAUUUCCUAAAGUAAUGUGAAACAUUUUAAGAAGUAUUCUUUAUAGUUGUUAUUUUGACCAUAAUAUCAAAGUCUCAAGCUUUCAUAGCGUUAAAAGAAAAAUUUAGAAGAGUUUUGGUUUGAAGGGAGAUUUAAAGGACAUUAAGUUUAAACCCUCUGCAAUGAGCAGGGACAUCUUUAACUAGAUUAGGCUGCUCAGAGCAAUGAAAUUACAUUAAAUAAGUUGAACUUACUGGUCUGACUAAUAUGGACCAGGAAGAGCCUGAAUCUGCAAGAGAGUGGAGAUUUCCUUGUCACUUACCUAUCUGAUACUUUAUUGUGGAAUCAAAAAGUAGAUUCUGUGGAGGAGAAUACACAAGUCAAAGGUUUGGAAUAAACAUGGACUUAAAUAUUACGAGUUCUUCCGUCAUUAGCAAUUUGACAAAAGGAAGGAAUCAUGCUGCUGUAGCAUGAUUCAUUUGUUAGUUUGAGGAACAAGGAAUAAUGGAGACCUAUAUGACUCAAGAUGCUCUAAAUAUAAUUAAAUCAUUGCCUCUCAUAUUUUCCAUUCAGUUUCUGAGGUAUUUCUGAAGAAAAUACCAGGAGCAGAGAGUUUAGACUGUCUGUAACUGUUUAAAAUUUGGCAAGUGCUUUUGGAAAGAAUGUCAAGAUCAUGGGCAUCAGCUGUAUAUGUAGGCUACAGAAGCAGUCAAACAAACUUACUAAGUAACUGGCUUUUUGUGAGAGGAGGAUACCAAACUAAAGUCAAUGUGCUUAAUUAGUUUCAAAUGAAAAAGCAUAUUAAUAUCAGAAGGUAAAAUGAAAAUAGCUGCUAUUUUAAAAAGCUAAUUAAGGUGUGGCUCUCCUGAAUUGGGUCCUUAGGACAUUUUGAUCCUGGGUGGUGCUGUCAACUUUAAUGAUUAUUAGGAUUAAAGGUAGAAGCACAGGUUGUUCACUUUAAUGAUAGUCAGUUCUUUUGCCUGUGGUCAAAAAGCAAAUGAUUUCAGUGAUGUAGUGUGUUUGAAGUCCUAGAGAAAACUAGUUAAAGUGUUUGUCAGCAUACAUCAGAUCCAAUAAUCCUACCCCUGAUCAAUUCUUAUUGCCUGCAGUGGUGAUGUUGUGGUGAGAGUUUAUUUUGUGCUGUACAGGGGAAAAAAUGUGAAUAAGUUUGGGAAAGUUCUCUAAUGAGAUAUUUUUAACUAGAAGCUAUUUUCAAACUAGAAAAGCACUUAUUUACAUAUGUAGUGACUGUUGGAUUAAACCAGUCAUCACCUCAGAUAUUGCUGCUUCAUAGGAUAACCUUAGAAAUUGUGUCAGAGAUGCUGGAUCCUCUGAACUCUGUGUUGCUGGCAGGAUUUUUUUAUUUAGUCUGCUAGUACCAACUUUGGUGCAUGUUUGACUCAUGGAGGUUCCUGUCCUGAUGCCAUAAAUGUUGCUGUGGUUCUGUCUGCCAGGGUCCAGCCAGUGGUUGAUGCUAAGCAUACAUCCUGCACAGGCAGAAACACACACCAUGCAGUACACACCUUUAACUGACCACACAGAUCACACAGAGAGAAAACAGUUUCUGUAUCAGCACCAGCAUAAGCACAGAAACAUGAACAGCAUGGAUAGCCAGCUGAUGAGGGCUAGAGUUUGUUACUGCUCACAUUCAGACUCAUUCACAACAUUUGGGUUUUAUACAAAUUAUUCUACCCAGAAUUGUGUCUCAGUGUCUUACAGUUACUGGCAGUAAGAGCUAUGUGUCCCCCAGAUCUGCAGUCCCUCUGGAAUGUCUCAUCCAACAGAGGCUUCAGUUCAGCCUGGUGUUCUGUAGUAGAUUUUGCACACACACACACACACACACGCGCGCGCGCACACAGAUUAGACAGCAUACUUACACAUAAAAUAGUUGAGACUAGAGUUUAGUAAAACAGACAGAUUGUGGUGGUCAGAUACAACAUUUUGCCAGGCAAAUGUACUGACCAGCCACUGGCUUACAUGUGAGUGGCUCCUUUUUUCCUCAUGUUUUCCUUACUUAGAAUCAUAAAAUGGUUCAAGUCAGAAGGGAUAUUUAGUUCAAUUCCUGUGGUCAGGGUUUCACUAGAUUAGGCUGCCCAAAGCACUAUCCAACUUCACUUCAUUUGUUUCCAAAGAUGGACAAUAGAGAACUUGUCCAGGCAACAUUUUCCACAUAACUUUUUGAGCCAGGUAAGGGACAGCCCUAGCAGAGGCAAUGUGUUCCUGGAUCUGAUGGUCACCCACUAGCACAAGCUAAGUGGGACAUGAAGGUUGGAGGCAGCCUGAGUGGCAGUGAUUAUGCAUUGAUAUAGUAGUCAAUUUGUAGUCCUGAGGGAUAUGGAUCAGGUAUACAGUACAGUUAGGCCCCUGAACUUUAGGAAAGCAAACUUCCAGCUCUUCAAGAAGAUAGUCAAUAGGAUCCCCUGGGAGACUGACCUCUGGGACAGUGGGGCAGAUCAGAGCUGGCAGGUCUUUAAGACAGUCUUCCAUAGAGCACAAGAGGUAGAAAUGCCCAGGAGCAUGAAAUAGGGAAGGAAGGCAAAACACUGGCAUGGCUGAGUAGGGACCUGCUGUCAAACUAAAGGCAAAGAAGCAAAUCCACAGGCAGUGGAAACAAGGACAGGUAGCCUGAGAAGAGCACAGAGGUUGAGGUCGCUUGUGCAGGGAUGGGAUGAGGAAGGCCAAGGAGAAGCUGGAACUGAACAAGGUACACAAAGAAUAACAAGAAGGGUUCCUACAGGUAUGUUAACCAGAAAAGGAAGGUCCAAGAAGGUGUAAACCCCCUGAUAAACAGUGCUGAUAAACUGGUAACAACAGAGCAAGAGAAGGCUGAGGUACUCAACAACUCAGUCUUCAAUAACAGCCUGUCUUCCCAUGCUUCUGGAGUGGAUGGACAGUGGGCUGGGGAAGCAAAGUCGCUCUCUGUAAGUAACGAGCAGGUCCAUGUCCACCUGAAGAACCUGAAUGUGCAUAAGUCUAUAGGACCAUAUGAAAUGCAUCCCAGAGUCCUGAGGGAAUUGGCUGAUGUGGCUUGUGAAAGCCACAAAGGAUUCUAUGAUGGUAUGGAACAAAACCCCAAAGAAAUGAAAUUUCAUAAUUGACAGUGCAUGAGGAAAGAUUUUCUGUUUCAUAAGUUUCAUGCUUUUUUUGGAAGAGAGAUUAGAUUGAUUGGUUAGAGCAUGGUACUUGGAAUGGUAAGGUCAUGGUUUCAAUUCCUGCAUGCAACAUUCAAGUUGGACUUGGUGAUCCUUGUGGGUCCCAUCCAACUCUGAAUAUUUUUUGGCUUUGUGAAUUUGAAUAUUUUUCUCAUGUUCAUGGAUUUAUUCUAAAUUUUUUGCAUUUCAGAAAAAUAUAUUCUAGUUAUAGCUGGUUACUCAUGUCUGUGUUGCUAAAAAAAGAAGGAAAAACUUAUAUAUUCAGUUUCACCGUCUGCUGCUCUCCAUUUAUGCAAAAUCAUGCCAUUUAGAUAUGUCAAAGAGCAUCAUAAUGAAAAUGGUAGAGCAUGAGAAAAGGCAUGUAAGAAAUUCCUAAGGAUUUUGUUCAAAAAAGUAGAGUGAAUAUAUUUGAAAUAAAGUAUGGCUACAUCUUGAAAGAGUAUGGAAAUAGCUGUCUGCAUUAGGAAUAUGUUUUAAAAUCUGGGCAUUUAAGAGGCCUAAACACCUACUGAAAUUGUAGCAUCUCUUUAAGAACUCUUGGAAUAAUUUAAAAAACAGUGAGAGGAUAUUCCUGUGCAAACUUUGGAGUAAUUUCAGCUAAAUUUUUUUUUUGCUUUUCUGAAGAGGUUACAUUGCAUGUGUAGUCUCUGGGGAUAAAGUUCCUCUGCAGAAUGAUUCAGCUUGGAAGAUAAGUCAUCUAUUCAACAUCAUGCUCAAAACAUGGUCAGUUAUGAAUCAGAUAAUUUUGCUUAUAAUUGUGUACUGUAUCUCUGCAACCUAUUUCCGAGAUUUUUUUUCCUCAUAAUCAAUUAUUUUUGCUAUAUCUAGUUAAAUCCCAUUCCCCCUAACUUCCAGUUUAGGUGGUUGUCACUCAUUUUGCUGCGAUGCACCUCAGUAAUGAGCCUGAUUCUGUCUUCUCAGUAGCCACCUCUUACGUACGGGAAGGUUGCUACUUAUUCAUCUCAAACCUUCUUUUUUCCCAGGUUGAACAAGCCCAGAUGCCUCAGAAUUUCUUCUUGGAAGUAGAGCUCUGGCUCUUGACAUCUUGAGAACCUCCUGCUAAGCUUGCUACAGUUGAUCAAUGUCUCAUGUGGGGCUGGGCAAUUAGGGAUCCAAAAUUAGACACAGUACUACAGAGGUAGUCUAACAAGUGCUGAAUGAAGGGGCAUUCUUUUCCUCACUCUUCUGUUAGUUUCAUGUUAAUACAUCCCAGUAUCCUGUUAGCCAGCUGUGCUUAGGGGCCCCAGGUCAUUUUCAGGAGAGCUGCUGUCCAGUGGGGCAGUGACAAGUUGGUACUCAUCCAGGUGUCACUCUAGGAGCAGGACUUUACAUGUGUCCUUGCUGAAUUUCACAUCAGCUUGUUGGCCCAAUUCUCCAGCAUUUUUAGAUUCCUCUAAACAGCAGCCCUAGGCUGCCACCAGCAGUGGUUAAAUGUAUUGACUGCAUUCUCCAAAUUAAUAUUGUCAGAUUGAUAAGGAUUUUGUCUCCUCCUCCAGGUCAUUAAUAAGCAAGUUAAAUCCCAGAGUAAAACCCUGAGGAAGACCACUUCCAACUGGUCUCAAACCAGUACAAAUCAUUGACCUGUACCGCUUGAGUGUGGAGUGGUGUUGUCCAGACUACCUUGGCUACUACUGUGUAUUUUAGCACCUUUGUGUAUACAGUCUACAUGGGAGUGAUAUUAGUGUGCCUUUCUGUCAAACUAAAAAUUCCUAAUGCACUUGGAGCUGAGCUAGAAAACCCUUGAAGGGCUUCACAGCACUGUAUGGACUUCAUAAUUCAAAUCUCUCCAAAUUGAAUCAGAGAGGCAGCUUUACUUGUAAAUAUAUCAUCAGAGAUACAGCAGAUCAGCUCUGUUUUGGAUACAGACACCUAGUUGGCUUAUUCAGUCUCUCUUCCACAAAUUCACUGAUUUUUCAAUUAGUUUGCCAAGAGUUAUAAAAGGAGUCUUAAAAAAUUCUUUUAAAAAAUUUAGGUUUCUGUUACUGUAUUCUUUUUGCAUCAAUCAUUAUUUUAGUAUGCAACUUAAAUAUAUUAACUUGACUUUUAUAACCUAAUUUUAAACAGUGUCAUUCUUCUCUUCACUCUUUUCUACUGUUAAUUUAAUUGAUUUUGUUUUCUUUGUUUUCCCCCCUACUCUUCCCCCCUUGCCCCCCUUGCCUUUUAUUUUUCUUCAAGCUUUUAUUCUAUGUAACAAUGAUUGGCUUCUUUUUGCUGGAAUGCGCUUGCUUUCAACAUCAUUUAAAACAAACUCAAAUACCUUCUAGUGUCUUUAAUUUUGCCUUUAAAUGGAUUUUGUAGUUAAUCCUUCAGAAUUAAUUAUUUUUAAAUAACUUUGAGGCUUCUUAAAAGCAAUAUUUGAUAUUGCUUUGGCUCUGGUAAUAUUUAGAAAAAUCACAAACCUUAAUUGGUUAUUAGUAGCAUUAUAAUUGAUACUGUUAAGCAGCUCCUGGACCUUGAGCUCUCUCUUUAAUUAGAGGCAGUAGUGUCUCCUUCCCUCUGAGAUUUCCUUAUGAAAGUGUUUUGCUUAAUAAUACAGGGUUAUCAGCUUCCAGUUGUCUUCUGAAUGAAACCUCCCAAAUGAGACUACCUGUCACUGCCUUCUGCAUAUUAGCCAGAAUUCCCCAAAAUGCUCUUUGUCAUUGCUUAAGCACUUUUUUUCAAUUUCGAAUAAAUAUUUUUGCUCAUGUUUUACAAUUAGUAUCGUAAAUUUUCCCUUGACAUAUGAUCAUAAGGUGUGGAAGUUAUAGUUUGUCUCCUUAGCAUUGUUUCAGAAUAAUCUGAAAUAUAUUUGAAAAUAAAACAACAACAACAACAACAACAACAAAAUUUAAAAAAAGCUAAAUCUUCUUUACAGCUUUUUUGAGGUACUAAAUAUUUUUUUGGCCAAAUCAAAAGCACAUAGGCCUUCUGUAUUAUUUUUCUUCCCCAUUUUUUUAGGUCUUGUCUUAAUUUGAAACUUUUAUAUAUAUAUUUCAUGGUAUCUUCAAGCUCACUUGUUUUCUUUGAGUCUUUCUUUAUGUCCUUAUUAUUAAUUUUUCCUAACUUCUGAUAAUCCUGUCUGAUAAUUCUUCUUGUUUAAAAUUUGCUUGACUACUGACUAGUCUAUUGCUACAUUUAAUUAUUGUAUUUCUAUGAUGGGCUGUUAGACACAGUGCCUUCACUUUUUCAUUUUCUUUCUUACACCUUUUGUUCAUCCUAUUUUUCUCCUUCACUGUCUUUAAAACUACUUGUAGCACUUCUUUGUUCAUUCAACUUAUUUUUUCUCUUAUUUAUUGAUUUGAUCAUGUUGCAAACUUGUUCUUUUAGCAGUUUUGGCCCCUUUGGCCAGAGUUUUACAGCUAUUUUCUGGUUUAUUCUAAAGUAUUUGUUCCCUCUUAUGUUACAAUUGGUUUUAACUGUUCACUUAGCUCCCUUUGAGCAUCUAAAGUUUCUGAUUUUUUUCCUCACUUUUAACUGUAAUACUUACAUGGUCCGCACUUUAUUUUUCAGCAACAUAUGAAGGUUUCUAAUUUACUGGUUUUUGUUUUAAGUAUUUUUUUCUUUCUUAUAUUUUGCCAAUUUUCUGAAUAUUUUUGAGAAAGUUUUCACAUGCUUGUUUAAGGUAAACCCCUACUAACCAUAUAGUCAUCACAUUAUUCAUAAAAUUUAUCAUUUAAAUGUAAGUAUUCUAGCAAGAAGCAUUUAAAUUAUUUAUACACAACCGGGGUGAUGGAAUAUAAAUUUUGGCAAGAGAAAAGUAGAGUUCUUUGCUAGAAUGAUAAAAAAAGAAAUGCUGAUAGUGGGAUCACAGUGUUGCAUGACAUACAAGGACAAUUUUCAUGUGUAAAAUGCUUGAAGCAAAAAAAAAAUUUCAAAUUAAGGAGAUAAAAGGAAGAAGAAGACAAGUUGGAGCCCAAGAAAUUCUGUAGGAUGAAAAGUUAUAGUUAUAGAUGAAUAGCAGGAGCAGACUCUUGAAAACCUUUUAGGUCAAGAGGAGUAAGAAUCCCAGGUAAGCAUAUAUAUUGUUUGUAUCUUAAAGUGCAGUCAUUUAGAAUAUAUUGUAUGGCAUAUUAUUUUGUUUGCACUAAAUAAUAUCUGAACAUAUAGAGGAUUUCUUUGCUGAUGUUUAAUUUUCCUCACUCUCCAGAAUUCCUUUGAUGGAUAUUGAAUUAUUUAAUCCUAAAACAGAUGCUCUCCACAAAAUAUUUUAUUCUAACCAUUUUAAAUAAGUAAUAUUGUUCUUUUCCCAUUUUGUAAUAAUUAAAAAUAUAUGUAAUGUUUUCAGUUAAAUGAAUGAUGUAUAUUGCAUUUAUACUGUCUUUAGUAGAGCUGUGCAGAUGAAAAUUCUUGAUGGCUCUCAGUCAGGUGGACAGGUUGAUAUGGCCAGGCUUUUGGUCAUCCAGGAGCGUACUUUGUAAUGCCCAAACUACCUUAACAGGUUGGAGACUAGUAUCUGUUAAAUUCAGUGGAAAUUACACACCUAGAUGCUUUGAAUAUAUGAGGAAGUACUGGUGGGUAGUUGUCUACUUCUGAACAUGGUAGAGAAAAGAUUUAUAACCCUUUGACAACACCUUUCUAUUUCUUUUGUUCUAAACCUUUAGUUAAUUGCAGAGGUCUUUAAUCCUUGGUGUAUGUGCUUUGGUGUGAUGUGUUUAUUGGAAUAUACUUAUAAAUUGUUGUAUGCUUUUAAAAGGCUGGAUGAAUAAUAAGAUUAUUCUCUUUCUGUUUUUUUUUUUUAAUAGUCCAGAUAUGGCAAAAGCUACAAAUAACUUCAAAUUACUGUACCUGUAGUAGGCAUUCUCCAUUUUAGUCAGCUUUCCUAAGACCAAGGGGAAGAAAGGGAGCUUUAGCUGCCAUAAUACUAUUAAAGCAGAGCUGGCUGCUGAAGUAGGUUGGGGAAUAGACUGCAGAGUUUUCAGGAUUACAAUUUUCCUCUGGCUACACUUGAAAUUUGCGUUCAAAUCCAUAGAGCAAUUCAGCUUUUUUCUUAUUGUUGUUUUUUGGAACUUUUUUCUCCCAUGUCAUUGAGAAUUACAAAACGAUAACAAAUGUCAUUGAGAAGAAUACUCUAGAAGUAGUGUAGGAAGUAGGAUAUUCUGGAAGUAGUCUAGUUCAUAGGAAGCUGGGAAAAAUGAAGUAUUAAUGUAGUAGAAAAUGGCUAAAAAGGAGGGCUGCUGUUGGUGUAAUUUUAUGUAAGCAAACAGUAGAUGAUUGCUGAGUGAAGGAAUGAAAUGUGAAGGUACAAGAGAGGUUGAAUUUCUUGGAAGAUAGAAAAGGAAGUAAUUUUAAAUUGGACUUCAACAGCCUGAAAGGCUGAAUUGCACAUGAUAGAUUUAUAAGUGUUGUGACAUUGGUCUGUAUGAUUGUGAACUUGUCAAACGAAAAGUCUGGAAGCCCUGGGGAUACAGUUCAUCCUAGUUGAGUAAAGAAAUCUUUCUAAAUUCCUGUAAAAUAAAUGGAAUUGGGAUAGUGGUGUGCACGUGCAAUAUAUUUUAAGAAUUGAUAAUUUAAAUUGUGCAAGUGGGUAUUUUAGGAGAAAGCAUUAUUUCAUAUUUUGGAAUACGUGGUAUAGCACAUGAAUAUUCAGUAUAGCCCUUAGUUUGCUAAAAAUGGGCAUGUACUUAUCAUGAAUCCCUUCAGAGCAUUUAUGAAAUAAAUUAUGUAAGAAUUUAACAUCCCCUUUUUAUAUUAAUUGUUAAGGUAAGAUUAAUCUAAGAGGCUAUAAUUAAUAGUAACAAUUUAACUUAAUCCUUUUAUUACCUGGUACAUAAAGAAAAACAUAGGUGAUUACUUCUAAUUUAAUUAUGUUUGUUGCUUUACUAUAGUGAGACUAACUCUAAAUGGUUGAGAUUUUUUAUUUGGCAUGGUUAUUGGGCACUUUGCAUUUAAUUGAAAGUGAUAAUUCUGACUCUUUUUUUUAGCCCCUGUAUAUUCCAUUUAAAUGUUGGAUAUUUAGGAAUAGAUGAUUUUCAUAAUCUCUUUCUGGGUCCUAUGAAAUCAUUCCACCAUUCUGUCUAAAGCAUGUUUUAGCUGUCUUUAGUAGACUUCAGACAGUAACUCACUUUCUCUGGUGUUGUAAAGUAUUCAGCUGUAUGUUUUUAAGUUUAGCUGACAUUCACACUAGAGAUAAAAACAAAAAGAAGUUAUUAACAGCACAGAGUAAAAUUCCAUAGAAAAAAAUAAGAAUGUAUGACAAGAUUCUGCCCUCAAAAGUUAUUCUCAACAGCUGUCUCACGGACUCUGACUUGUGCUCACAUGCUAAAUGACAAAACUGUAAACAAUUUGACCUGUGAAGUGUAGUAUAUGAAUGCUGAAAGGCUUUUUUUUAUAGAAUCUAGGUAUAUGAAUUCUGAAAGGCUUUCUUUAUAGAAUCUAGGUCUGGUCUGUAAGAAAUGUGUAUAGAUGAAGACACCAGCACUGAUUUUGAUGUACUUUUGUGAUUCACAAAAGCAUUAUGGCUAGUUGGAGCACAGUGUGAAAUUGUCAUUAACGUGGAUAACAAACAAUAGCUAUGUAAGGGUGAGGCAGAUGGGGUUGUUUUCCACUUAUUUAAACUAUAGUGUUAAAAAGAACAUCAGCUAUUUUAGGAUCAGGAAUAGGCCAUCUGCCCAAAUUGCGUGCCCUUCCAGCUUUAUCUAACUCUCAUAUUAAUAUUUUCAUUGGAAUGUUGUUACAUUAUUUCUGCUUUUUGUUUCCUUGAGAGAUGCUUAAUCUGAUUACCUGAUCUGCUUUAUAACUAGGUUUUUCUCUAAAAAUGCCAGGUCUUUUAUUAAUAAUUGUAUUUCUCUAUUAACAUAUUUUGCCUCCAACUAUUAUGUUUCAUUGAUAAUUUUUUUAAUAAGUCAGACAACAUCUGUCCUUUCUGGGAAGUGUUGGAAAUGAUGUGACAGUCUGGCUACAGUAGUAGCAUGAAAUAAGCAAAGAACCCACAGGGAGCAUGGAAGGGAACAGAGAAUUUGCAACAAGGUAAAGAAAAGGGCUUUGGGAAAAAGGGUCUAAAAAUAAUUGAAGCUGAGAGACAGAAAGAUAGGUGAGAGACAUUUGUAAAAAGCAUUUUUUAGCUGAAAGAGGAAUUUAAUUUGUAGUUUUCAGCUUUUUCUGAAGGAAGGAAGGAAUGACUUAAUAAAAGAUUCUGUUGCUUUGAAGGUACUUCAAUAUAUCUGCAGCUUUAUAUCUGUCUGAGAAUAUUGUAGUUGAGUAGGUAGAUGUGCAACACAUUUAUUUAAAGUUUUUCUUGAUUAUUCAAAAGAACAAGUGUUAUAAGCAUGAUGUCCAAUUGGUUUAGCCUUCUAUCCCUUUAUAGUCACCCCAGCUGUAGAAAUGAAACAUUACUUAAUAUAGCCAGAAAAAUAACAUAACCAUAUUCAGUUGCACACCAUAGGGUCUGUUUUCAUUGUUCAUUACCAGUUUUACUGUAUGCCUGUGUUAUUUACAAAGGCUGCUUGUACAUUUUGUCUCAGAAUACUGAAGUGCAGCUAAACAUGGACAGAAUAUAGUUUGGUACUUCAUUUUCACACUGCCCUAUAAUGGAAACAUUGAAGAGGAUGCAACUCCUUUAGAAUUUUUAUUGAAGGUGAAGUGAAUAGCUCAAGUCUGAGUUUCAAAGCACAGUUCUGACUAGACAGGUUAUGAUUGUGUAUUUUAACAUUCCAAUCAUGCAAAGCCUGCCAAGUUUCAGUAAUAUAUUGAAUUUAUCCAUAUAAAUGAGUAAUUGCAAUUCUCUUGUUAGAUAUCUAACUUAUCUAACGUAUAUAGUUGUCAUAUGAGGAAAUGAAGUUUGGUGGUUUUUUUCCUUUAAUUUUCACAAACUUUGUUAUCUGUCUUAAUUUUUGUUCUCUGUCUUGAUUUCUUGUUUACUGAAUGUUUAGAUUAUCUUUCUCUUGUUUUGAUAAUCCUUCUCUUUUUUGCUGUUGUUGUUUAGCAUUUUCCCUGAGUAUCUAUGUAGUCUUUUCCUGAGAAAAUUGGUUGUAAUUAUUUCCAAUGAUAUUGAAGGAAAAGCUUUACAAAUUACACAUUUGGAACAUCAGUCAACUUACCAAACAAAACACUAGGUUUGGAAGGUCAACCUGUAUUCAGAAAGAUGUGGGGGUUUUUUCCUACCUAGCAGGCAAUACCAGAUUUUUUUUACUCUGGAUAUAUUUCUAGUCAUCUGUUUUAUGAUUUCUACAAAAGAUGCAUAUUUUUUCAAGUAUGUUUUCAAAUCUUUAGCAUGAGAUGAACUUUCAGUCUUUUUGGCUCUUUUGGGUUGUGUUCAAUGGCUGUCUCCUCUAUUCCAUUUAGCUAUUUCCUUCAAAAUGUCUUCUGAAGUUUUAAUAAUGAACUUUUCAUACUGACUCUAUACUUCCUUCCAUGUAAAAUUUCUUUUUUUGUCAGUGCCACACAUCCACGCUAUUCAGUUCAAUAAUAAGAUUUUUUUUUCCUUUUAUCUGACACAGUGUUGCUUUUCAAUUUUUUUUUUUUCUCGCAGCUCUUCUAGAAUUGUCUGGUAUGUGAACUUAUUUUCUGUACGAUAUAGCAACAUUUUUCAGACAAGUCUCUUCUGGCUCUAGAUAAAAAAAAAGACAUAAGAUUUUUGUUGAUCAUUGUGUCUUACUGGCGAGAACAACAUCAUGGGAAGAAUCCCAAUUUCUAUUUUAAGUUAUCUUGAGGUCAUUACUUCAGGAUACACAAGCAGAAUAAGUUUUAUUAGAGAAUUUCGGAAUGGAAAUUUCUUUUUACGAUAUAAAUCAUCAUAUUUUUCUCCAAUCUCUUUUCUUGGUUUUUUGGGUACUUUUUGGAGUUAUGAUUUCACAGCAUUUUAGCUAAACUUGAAACUGAAAUGUUCCUAUAUAAGAUAGCAUGUGACUUUGUUAGCCAAUGAAAUAUUGCAAUUUAUUUUUUUUAAAUGGCAGCAAAUUUUUUACCAAGAAGUAAAUGCUUCAUCUUUUUAUGAAUAAAACAUUAUCUUUCAGUCUAGUAACGGAUAGAAAAAAGUAAUAUAAAUUAAUUAUUUUUUCAGUAUUGUAUUGUGGGUGUUUCCUAGCCAGAUAUUUCAAAUAUUUAUGUUUGCCUUCUCUCUUUUAUUAGUGGUACAUUUCAGAAUCAGGUUUGCUGUCAAAUGCCAAGGAAAAAUUAAUGUAUUUCUGCUCUUCUGGUUUGAAUAGCCAGUAACUGCUUUUAAUGCUUUAAAGCAUUUUAAUGCAUCCCUGAAAGAAAACUGUGAAAUAAAUGGAAGCACAAGUGUGUAACAAUACUUUUCUGUUUCUGAGGAAAUUAAAUAUGGUUCCUUAUCAGUUUCUUCCUCCAUUAAAGAGAGCAGACAUCCCAAUUAAUGAAAUACUUGAAAAUUUUAGCCCUAUGCCUUUUGUAGAAAAAACAACCUUCGUAUAAAUGAGGAGAUUAUGAAAAAGCAUACUUCAGCACAACUAAGUUAUUUCUAUGAUUUUUAACAGAUUUUACUUUGCUGAAAAAACUGCUGUUACUUUUCCCUUUUUUUUUGCAUGUUUGUGCAAAAAUGCAAGUUAAUAUGUAUUAUGCUAUUAAAGCUACAAGGUGAAUUUAUUACUUUCUAAGGACUUCUGGAUAUCUGUGGAAGGAAGAGCUGUCUAUUUUUAUAUACAGCUACAAAAGAAUUCCACUGCUCACCUGUUGCUUCUGUGGGGAUUUUUACAUAAAGAAUGUCUUUGGUCAUGGAUAAUGCCUCAUACCAUGGAGAUGUUUCUGUGUAGGGAUUAAAGGUGUUAUGUUUCUGGAUGGUGGUUGACAGUACUGCCAUGGAAAACAUUGCCAUGUAUUCUAGAAGAGACUACUUACGUGUAAUAAAAAAAUGAUGUAAUACAGAUAUAAUGAAAUAAAGAUCUGCAGGCUCACAUGUUACUAAGAGUACAGAAGUAUUUCAGACAGAUACAUAAAAGUUUAUAAAGUAAAAGGAUCAAAGAACUAUUAAUUAACCAAUAUCCUUGCUGAAAUCUAAUUUGAGUGGGUUUAAGUGGCCUCAUCUCCAACGUCCCUUUUGCCUUUAUAAUGUUCUUAGAGUAAAUAAAAUUUGAUAAAAAAACUAUCACUAAACUUAGUGAUAUGAGUUUAGACUCACAGAUUUAUG